AUGGCUCUUGUUAACAGCUUUCUUGUCGACGUGGCAUUGCAAGUGUCGUGGGUCCGACAUAGAGACAUUCAUCUCCUGACGAUUGGACGUUACACAUACACGAGUGACCAGCGGUUUCGUGCUAUUCACAACGUACACUCGGACGACUGGACACUCCAAAUAAAGUUCCCUCAAUUGCGGGACAGCGGAAUAUACGAGUGUCAGGUUUCGACGACCCCUCAUAUGAGUCAUUUCGUUCACCUCAAUGUUGUCGGAUUUAUUAAUAUUUAA